AUGGCCAUACGAUGUCCGCGCCACACGCUCAUCAUUCACGGCUUGAGAAGAUCGAACCUCGGCGAAUACACGUGCCUCGCAGAGAACGAAGCCGGCGUGGUUGGUCAGAAGAAGAGCAACACUACGCAGACGGACCAGGGCUGGUUGCACAUCGGCGGCGUCAAGGAAGUUGACGGGGGAUGGUACACGUGCGAGGCUACCUCACAGCAGCGCACGGUCACUGCGGAGGCUUACAUUAGAGUACAGGUUCCGCCGACAAUCGUCUCCGUGACGUCAUCGCCGGAGACGGUGCUGCACCGCGGCGUCGCCAACCUUACGUGCGUCGUGCACGCCGAGCCGACGGCGGCGAUCACGUGGUCGUCUCCCGUCGGCCUGCAGCUGAGCAACGCUACCCUGAGUCGUCGAUACCGCGUCGUCGGUCCGAGCUUGAUAGUACGUGACGCGCGCGUGAUGGACGACUGGGGCCGCUGGAUCUGCGUCGCCUGCAACCUGCUGGGCUGCGCCAACAGCUCGACGCAGCUGUUCGUAGAAGGCGUGCCAUCUAUAGUCAACGUGACGGCAUCGAAGCGUGGUGACGUUAUAUCGAUACACUGCUACGCCGUCGGCACUCCGACACCAACGGUGAUGUACCGCAGAAAUGACGUCGCAUUUGACAACUUCAAGAGCAUACCGGGUCACGUGGUGUCGUACGACGGCGGACUGACGCUAGAUGGCGUGAACAUCACCGAGCGUGACGUGUACAGCUGUGUGGCAGAGAACGAGCGCGGCAGCGUCGGGCGGCAGCUGAAGAUGCCCGCGAGGCCUCACUCGCCCUACGUCACCGACGUGACGUCACACAGCGUGCUGCUCAUGUGGCAGGACGGAGACGACUCUAGCGAUCUUCCCGUCACACACUACACGAUCCAGCUACAGAUCGGCGACUCGGCGACAUGGCGACAGUUGAACCGCACCGUGCAUCGGCCGCCGCUGCAUAUCACCGACCUACAUCCGUACACGCUCUACCGCUUCCGCGCACGCGCAAACAACGUCAUCGGCGCCAGCGCCUUCAGCGAGGUCGACCAGAUACGCACGCUCGAAGCGCCACCUGGCGCUCCGGCCGACGUGCGCGUGCAGAGCGACCGCGACGCCGUCUCGCUCACGUGGGAACACCCGCACGUGCUCAAUGGCGACCCGGACAAUAUCAUCUAUGAAGUGCGCUACAGAGAUCUCACGCUGCAGUCACCAGAGGGCGUAGUGGAGAUGGUAUAUCGUGACGUACCACGUGAGGUGCACGUGAGAGACGUUCCUUACAAUUCCACUUACAGCUUCACGAUACGAGCUUACAACACGAAUAUAGGUGACGGAAGCGACUGGUUAGUGAUCAACUCUACCGCAGUCGAGAAACUGCGUCAGGGUAUCCGCGUCACUGUGCUCGCGUCGGCGAGCUCCGGAAUGUUCUUCUCCAUGGAUGCUAGAAUCACUUGUUGA